AAUUGCUUCUCUUGUGCUUUCACAUAUUAAAUCUUUCAUUUGUCUACGGAACUGUUUGGGAGGCACUCCGAUUUCUUCGAUUAGUCAUAUGUAGGAUCCAUCGCAAAAAUUUCAUGUGAGCUGACAAAAAAUGGUUUUCUUAAUCAAAAAGAAAAAUAGUUAACAUCAAGUGCAAAGUCUAAAGAACCUGGCUGUAACUAGGUUGCAAAUUUUAACGCCUGAGAAAUCAUUGGGCUACUGAUUUUUCCGUGGGAGUCCAUUAUUUACUGUGAGUAUGGUACCUUUUUGUAAUCAUUACACCUAUAUCUCCUCUAACUGUUUCUGCUGAUACCCAGUGGAUUUGGACUGAAAUUUUGUGAAAGUAUAAAUUUAAGUUUGAAUGUUUCAUACCAUGUAAAAGUGCCAGUAGCUAUCAUUCAACGUCGUGUAAUGUCAUGUAAUAACCACAGAGAGAACAGACAGAAGGGAAAAUCAAGAAAGGCCUUUUUACGUGAUACAACCAGACAAAAAGUUUUCAACUAGAUUGUCAAUUAUGACUGAGGACAACUGGUGCUUUUAUCGCAAUGAUUAGCCGGCCUUGUAUAUCGCCCUAUAGUUGUAACACUAAAACACGCAUAUUGUGAAAACAUAAUUAGUGAACCUAAAGAUAACACAAAGGAAACAAUAUCCUGAUGGAAUUUGAAUGAAAUAUCCGUAUGUCUAUACCAACCUUUAGGCAGCUCAGCCCUGUGCCAAAGCAGUUAUCGACGGUUUUUUUUUCCGGUUGUCAGCUUUAGAUGAGACGCUAGUCUUUUCAUUUCGAAUUACCGGCUACCAAUUCAGUAUAAAUCGGGAGCUAUUAUCGGUCAGUUAUAAACUGAACACAAUAUGUUUUCAAAACCUUUUUCUUUCCCUCCUUGAGGCAGAAACACAUUUAGGAGAAAAGGAAAAAAAGGAAGCAUGAGUACUCUUGAAAAUUCCCUUCUUCUUCUAUAACAUAUAUACAGCUUUACAGGAAAAUUCAUUAACGAAGGAAAGUAUUUAGAGUUAACUCGUGAAGAUUCCAUAAUAUGCGUCUACGUAAAAGCUCUCAAAAAUGAUUUUAUAUCUGCGCAUAUGCCUUAUGUUCCGAAAAUUACCUCUAGCGAUGUAGCUAAAAAAAGUGAAGAUUUUGGGCUUGAGUAAGAUAUGCACCAGACAAUAUUUUUCAUCUCCGUGAAAGUGUUAGGUUAAGUUUGUCGGUCUACGUAUGUUUAUCAUGUCAAACAGGUAGUUGUAAGAAGUACACCCUAAGCUUCUCACCCCGGGAGGGAUCAUUAGACGUCAAGCCUAAAUUUCCCUUUUUGAGCUCCAAAGUUUUCGGAUAAGGACAAAAAAAAGAUAAAAAAAAAAAACUUCAAAUUUAUAAAACUGUGAAUUCCUGGAGGAAACUCCCGGUUGCGAAUUUAAGAUGGCGAGUGAGUUUCAGGGCUUAUAUUAUGAGUGACGUUUCAUUUCAUUUCUAAGGAGUGUUUGGCAAAUGAAUAAACUGUAAUCAUGGAACCACGACUUGAAACUUGAUGAUGAGGAUAUUAAGUACACCUACACCUGAAUCUCCUGUGUUGUUUAGAAACGUUUUAUUCUCAAUGCGAGUAUACAAGAAAUUCAGAAGUUGAUGAAAUAAAGGAAUCAUACAUCCUCGUGCAUACCGAGCUAUGCAUCUGCACAACAGGGAAAGACUGAGCUAUUGUAAUUUAAUCGGUUAAAUUGAAUUUCUGUGCAAAAAGCGUAUAGUUGAAAAACGUCUCCAAGCGUUCUUUACCUAAACCUAGAAACAGAUUCUUUUAAACAAUUAUUUUCAUUCGUCAGGCCAAAUAACCUCCGCGUACUCUAAAAGCUCUUAAAGUCUAUCCAUUUCUCCGACAUAGGUCGACAAUGCAUAACUAUAAGUUUUGUCUCAAUAUAAAGUCACCAGAGAAGUUACAGCAAGUGAUGAAUGUUAUACGAACGACUACUAUUUUCAGUCUGCUGAUAUAUAUCGAAUUUAUUAGAAUUUAUCUUGAUACCAAUGAUCAAGCGGUCCGUGAAAAUAUGUUUCACAGAUUAAAUGCACUGCAGUGAAGAUAUAUCACCUGGAUGAUAGUCGAAAAUUUUGAGUGGAUUCUUAUUUGCCACCGAAAUAUGGCACUUGAAUUUAGAAGCUGCGAAAUUGUUAACGAAAGCCUUACACUUCAAUAUUUCCAUGAUCAACAUCAAAACUGAGUGUCUUUGUCGUUGACAACGGCGGGAUUAUGAACACCACCUUCCUGAUUAGGUCUGACUUCCUCAGUCUGGGGAGCGCCAUUCGUUUGGUAAUACGGGAAAUUGUGUCGAGGCGCUGAUGGAGAUUCUGACCAUCCAUCUCCGUAACUGGACAGUGGGUAUGCGGGCUCACCAUGUUUGGGAAUAUCGAGACCUAAGGAAAGCAGAAGGAAUCCUAAAUGUUGACGAAAUGGUGAAAUAUCAUCAUGUUAAAGAAUCAUAUUGAUCAAAGUUGGUACCACGAUAUACAAUCCAAUACCAUUCUACACGUUUAACAUGGAAGCACUCGUCUUCAAUAUUUACUCCACUCAGAAACGUAAUUCAUCAAAUUUAUUCAAGACAAGGCCGCCAUUUUUCUAUUCAAUCUUUUUCUUAAGUUUAAUGCAGUGAAAGUAUUUACCUUUCAACUCGAUUUCUUCACUGACGCGAAGUUGUUUGAGGAGAUGCAAAGCAAAGAAUAAAAUGAUAGCCCACGCUGCAGACCAGGCUAUGAUGACAAGUACACCCAGCAAGUUCCAGCCAAACGCACGGAAUGCAAGCUCGUUUCCUUUUACAAAUAUUCCAGAUUCCUUGUUAAAGAUGGGGACAGAAAGUACGCCCCACAGGCCACCACCAAGAUGAACUGUUGAAAAGAAAUAAAAAUACUUAAAAAGUUUGCUUUGCUUGCAUUUGGAUUGCAGCAGCUUUACUUCCCUAGUACAUUUACUCUUCAAAAGGAGCUAAACAAGGGCAAUUCCCCUAAAUCUCUAUCAGCUACCUUGGUGACUGACUAACCUGUUGUGACUACAACUUCCGUACUACUGUAAAGUCACCUUUUGGGCUACGGUAGUCUUAACUGGUUUUGCUUAUACAAUCAUUUUUCUGCCUCUGUUCGUACAGGUUUUGGUGGCACGGCAGCCCAUGACAAUGCUAGUUAUACUAACACUGAGGGUAUCACAGCUUCUACUAACGACUUCAUUUUGUUAAAACGUAAGAAUAGUAAGCGAACUUUCAUGUGCUUAAUGGUUGGUCACUUACCAGCCACAGCAUCUAAAGGGUCAUCAACUUUUAGCCGCAGCAUGGAAGUACUCCAAGCCACGUACGCCAAUCCUGCGAUGACUCCAAUGAUCAAAGCAGCAUAGGGAUGAACGGCAUUACAACCUGCGCACAUUGCAACCUAAACAACAGAGAAAAGUUUGCAGAGAGUAACAUGUCUUGUUCAAGAUCAGAGGCCUAAUUCUGGACCACUCAAUCGUGAGUGGGGCAAAACAGUGUUGUCAGAAGACUUUGUCUAGAACUGACCGAAUACAAUCCCAACCUGUUUCCCUUACCAUUCCAGUUAGUCCGCCAUUAAUGGUGAAAAGCAAACUCCAGUACUUUUCUGCAAAGCCCAGGCGUUUGACAAUCAUGGCAGUAAGAGCACCUGCGGCUCCUGAAUGAUAGAAGAGGACUAUAUGCAUUUUUUCUAUAAGCAAUGAAAAGAAAAGAAAUCAUGGAAGAUUUAGUGGAGUCUGGCUCACCUCCGAGGAUGGUGUUGACUAUGGAUAAUGCUACAGCAUCAGCAUCGCCUUCAUUAGCGAUGGCUGCUUGGGAGCCACCAUUGAAUGCCAGGAAACCAAAGAACAGGAUGAAUCCUCCCAGAGCUGCUUUCUAUGAAAUUACAAAGAGAGACAGAUUCCACUUCUCAAACACUACUUACAAGACAGAAAGUCCAAAAGAUAGAAUAUUUCCCUAAAAUAUGCGAAGAUGAAAGUUUUCUUACCGGUACAGUAUGUCCUGCCAGUAGCACUGGUGCACCACCAUCAAAACGUCCGAUUCUGGGCCCCACGAUAGCUGCACCGACCAGAGCAACCAUUCCACCCACUGCGUGGACAACCCCACUUCCAGCAAAGUCCUAAAAUAAUACAAAAGGGCUCAGUCGGUGAAGUUUGCAAGUCAGUGGAACUCUGUUUAACCCCUGUUCAGAUCCCAUACCAAUUGUGUUACGUUAUGUUUUGGAACACAAACUUUGCACAUUUUAUCAACCAAAUUGUGCGAUUUCAGUGAAUGGACAUUUCAGAUUUUCAGUGGUUUACCUGGUAUGUUACAGAUAAGGUUACAUUGCCGUCAGUGUACUCCGCACCCUUGUACAGCCAACCAUUUCCAUCCCAAGCCCAGUGAGUGACUACUGGGUACAAAAAUCCUGCAAAAAAGAGCGUCAUCUUAACUGGUGCUACGGUUCCUCAACAGUGCUACUGUAUCUACAUUUUAAAGUUUUUAAAAGAAGGCUACCCAGACAAUUAGUUUACCAAAAACCUGCUCUCAAGUUUUGUUUAAGCAGUCGAUUUAAAGAUGUGUAUCCUCGUUAUCUAACGAACCCUACGACUUGAAAACAACUAGUCCUGCACUCACCGGUCAAAAACAUUGAGUAAAUAAGAUAGGCUUUAAAUUCAGUUCUCUCUGCCAUGGCACCACUGACAAUUGUUGCUGCUGUGGCCGCGAAAACGAAAUGAAAAAACCAGUGAGAGUAUUUGUCAGCUGGUAAAUUUGCCAGCGCGAAAUACUCAUGUCCAAUAAAGCCAUUGCUUUUUCCUCCAAAGGCAAAAGCGUAACCGAACAACCAAUAAGCCACUGCACCAAUAACUGUUUGAAGUAAACCAAAAUAAACAAAAAGCAAUUCAGUGGAUAGCAAUAGGACGGCAAGUGCCAAGAAAUCAUUUUUUUUUUUCUGUUCUAUGACGAAAUUGUUUGCAAAAUAAGUACUGUAAUCCCAGUUUCCAGCUCUCUUACUUAAUCGUUGGACCCGUUCUCUAAAGCUACCUACGAAAAAUUAGUCACUACUUACAUACGUCUAGAACGUUCUUGAUGAGGAUGUUUGUUGUGUUCUUUGAUCUCACUGACCCAGCCUCAAGAAAUGCAAAUCCUGCCUGCAUAACUGAAAUAAUCACAAGUUAAAUCAGAAUGAGGAAUGAAUAUAAACCAUCGUUAUAAAUAUGCUUUCGAAAGGAGAAGUAGAGAUCAUAUCUUUUUCGUUUUCAACUACAAACGACAACCGUUGAAAAAAAAAAAAAAAAGAAAGAAAGAAGGAAAGAAAGGACACCAGCAAAAACAUGAUUAGGUGUAAAUUUUCACUUGCGGAGGAAAAGUACUCUUUGUUAAGAAGAAAACAGAGACAGUUGGGUAAAGGUAGAGAUGAAAGGGAAAAAUAGUAUGCAUUUUGAAAUUGAUGUCUGCUUUUAGUUAGUUUCUCGAACUUUCGGCUAAGAGUACGAGACUACUGAUCUGGAUAAUUGAGACUCCAAAAACGCCGUGAAUCUAAAAUUAGAUUCAAAUAAACAGAGUUCCACUUAUUCGGUACAUCGUUACAAAGUAAAAGCUCGUAUCGGUCUUUUAAAAAAAACGGAUCGUAAAUUUUUUCUCGGUGUUUUCAUCCAAUAUUUUUAUAUAUACCUGGGUUUCUUGAUAUGUUUUUCAUCUAUUUCAUGAUUUUCAUUAGUUGUUCCAGCUCAGUGCAUCUUAAAUAAACACUUAAGACUGUUUUGUUGUUUUCAAUCGCCAAACAAAAGCAUUGCCUCUGACCACGAUUUGAUUAUACUCAAGGUCAUGAUAAGACAUAAAAGAUGUUGAUUUUGAAUGAAUGUCAGCAGACUUUAAGUUAAUAUGUGAGUUAACGAACUUGAAAUGUUUCCAGUAUCUUUACACUGAAAACAAAUCUGAUGUAGUACUUGUGUAACAGACCAUCAUUCUCUUUAUCGUACACCGGCUUUCAGUAAUGUGAAGCAUUUCUUAAUAAAAUUAAAUUAUUGACAUACCAAUCAUUUAUUCGUGUUUAUGAUUCUAUCAAUUUAGCAAAUUGAAUCAAACCUGGAACCCAAUUUACCUACCAUUUUGCUCGAACUUGUACUCAAAACUGGCUCUCCCAACAUAACGCAAGUUUUCCAACGGUUUUGAUCCAUAAAACAUACGAUUUUUUUGGUCGCUUCAUUUUUUCAUGCCUACUCUAACCCUUAACCCCUAAAGCUGGAGUAAAAAGUGAGAAACUAAUGAUAAUUAUGCCCAGUAAAGAAAACUUUUACUUUGUAGCUUAUUAACAGAGCAGUAAAUGGCAAAGUGAAUAAGCAUCAAAAAUACAGUAUCUGCAAUCAGUCGGCUGGCAUAAUCACCAUUUCUGGUUGGAACAGUCAAUGUUUUGUAUCUCAAAAUUUUCAAAACCGUAAAGAAUUCUAUUAGCUGGUGCACAAAGGAAAAAAGAGAAUUUUGUAGAUGCUUUCUGAGAUAAGGAGAGUUCAUAUAUCCAUUAAGAACUCAGAAAUGUUAAUUGUUUUUUAAUUGAGACUUGAAAAUUUAAACAAAUAUACAUUGAUGAAAAAGGCAGAAGUGCUUAGUGCACAUGCUGCAUCCAUGAAAAAGGUUUGCCUCUGGUACUUCCAACAUAAUUCCAAUUCAACAAGUCCGUUUUGGCUUUCCUUUCUACUGAUAAAGCAAACAGUUUUAAGUUCUGUAGACAGGUGUUCAUUUCGCAGUGGUGAUAAACAGAUAAAUAUGCAGGCUUAAUUUACUUUACCAAUAUCCCACCACAUUUAUUCAAGGCGCUAACUCAGUAAAAUAAUGACUUUUUAUUUGAACUGAGAAAACCAUAACAGAUGAUUUCAUAACUAUAUUGAAACUGAUCAAUCUUCAAUAGUGCUAUUAUCAGGGGAAAAAUUAAUUCUGGCUAAUUUAAGUAGUUGAACUGAAGUCAAGUUUCCCAUUUCCUCUGGUUAUCUUAACUUAUUCCUCCUUCCAUUAUUAAGAUUAUUUUUUUGUACUGAAAUGUAAGGAAUUCUAAACUCAAUUCUUUUAUUUUUGUUUUUAAGUCAUUUUAGUCCGGAAUUUCACCCGACAUUCUUUUAACAUUAAUGGCUGAAAGCAACAUUUAUUUCGUACCGGGAACAAUUUUUGACACUUUUUGAGUCUGCAGAGUGUGUCAUAGCUUUUCAUAUUGGUAGUUUAGACCCUUAAAUUAGAUCAAUGUUUGUCGCUGAGACAUUUAAUUCGAAGGAUGUGCGAUUGUAAACAACCACGCUGUUUAUGCAAAUAAGAAAUGGUCGGGAUCCGUUUGUGAGUAAAAUCCCAAUCAUCUCGGAGAAUUUUCUUUUAACUGUGAUAAUCAUUUUUGACAGCAGUCGUUCUUUCCUUAAACUCAGGGUUGAAGUGUCACGUUUGAGAUCUCAAAGAGAUAGCUUUUAAGAGUGUGUUUGAAAAUAACUUCGCUUCGGGCUCUCGUUAUGCUUGUUGUUCAUCUGACCUCUUACGUCAAUGUUGCUUUUCAAUGCAGACCCUUUAGCGAUUUUACUUAUCUUUAGACAUCUUCAUGUAAGCACUGGGUUAUAUACUCUGAUUUUGCUUGAAAGAGCUUCGUGAAAUAUCAAAUGACGAGGUAUGGCUCAAUAAUUCGCCACAUUUACGUGGUUGAGGGCACAAACUUAAUUGCCCUCUUCUAUACUACAUACGUCUACAGAAUGUUUAGACUCUCCGAGGCUAUAUAUCUCCGUCUGUUUCACUGUAUCACCUGCAAUCUACGUGGUUUUACUAAUUUCAUAGUACUCGUGAAAACAGUGCGAUUGUUUGCGCUAACUCGUCAAAAUUAUGUAAAUGCUGAAAAAACAGUGUACGAUUGUGCUAUUAUACAUGUUUAAUACACUGGUGUAUGUCUACUAACAAAGGGAAUCCUUGAUGCAUUAGUCAGAGGUAAUUUCUGCUACAUCCAGUUGUUCAGGACAUACAUCUCUAAAAACCCGGUGAAGAUCUAAUUACACACGUUCUUCUCAUUCCUCAGGAAGUAUGUUUUGAUGCGUGCGGAAGUCGUUGCGUAAAUUUUAGCCGGCUUCUUUCCCCCACUUGAUGGAGGAAUCAAGUUUAAUUUGCAAACAGAGAUUCUAGUUUUCAAAAUUUUUACAUACCUUUCGCGCAACACACAAGGUAUCAGCAAAAUAAGGGGAAAAAAAUUGACAAUGCUAUCUAAAAUAAUAUACUCACAGAAAAUGAGGCAUCCCAUGAUCACCAAAAAGAACUGAUCAAGAUUUCCGCGCAAAGCGUCAAUGCCGUUGCUGAGUGCGGUAACGUUAGCCAUUUUGAAGUGGUUCAGUGAGAUUCAGUUUUGUUGUAGAUGUUGGAGCUAGUCAAAUAUUAAACUAGACGGCGUUUAUAGUGCCUCCCAAGCAACUACUCGUUGCUAACUGGCGGGUGACUAAUUAACAGGAGCAAGCCGAGGUGAUGUAUUAAUGAAAAACACUUUUAGUGUCACCAUUGGCUGUUGCCCACGUGAUUGGACUUGCCUCUACGACACCGAUGAAUAACAACUGCGCGUGAAUAUUUCGCUUUGAAUACCGACCUUCAGCCCCCAUAGACAUAGAUUUUGCACAGUAUUAUUUGUGAACAGAGCUUCAGUUAACGCACUUUCUGGUUAAUCAUUAAUUCGGUAGUAUAAAGUGUGUGUGUCUUUUCAAGGAGCAUUCCAUCGCCACGAAACUCACACCACGCUUCGUGAGAGAGAUGGGAAACUCUUUGAGUAUAUACGUUUAGAAUAAAUUUCAUAAAUGAGUUAUCGACUUCGAGACAGUGUUUUGUUUCCACGGUGAUGUCGAUGAGUGAUCGCAUACGUAGUUAAAUUAGACCCCCAUCAGUUUACAAACGGACCUUAACCUCACGAAAUCGACCUCCUCGCUUUUAGACUAAAAACUUCGACAAAUUUGCCUGUUAGUCACUUGAUGAGCGAUCCGUCAUGUCUCUUAGUAUAACACAACAGUAAUUGCUUAGGGUUAGGGUUAAUCACGCGUUGAAAGAGGCUGUCAUCAUCUAAUGGACGUACCAGUCCUGUACCACGCAUAUCAAACAAGUGAAGAAAACAAACAUAAAAACAAUUAGGGAUAUUUUUGCACGUGAACAGACGAAGCUCAUCUUUAAUGCCACGAGUUCCGGAUGCGUUCCAAAAACGUGACCUGGCGUGUGAGGUGACUGGAAUGCGAGGCAAAGUCCACGAAAUUUUUUUAUAAAAUGUAAAAUGUGUAGUCGGAGAAAAGCAGAAGACUAUAAAGAAAAAAAAAAAGAUGAUUCUCCUCAAUGAUACUUGCGAACUUGGGUAAAAUUUUCUUGAAUUAAUAGCCUUAAAAAAUUGGUAGGAGGCCGCUACAUGUACAUCACCGAGUUAUUUCCCUUGCCUGGUAUUCUGAGAGAAAAACGUUUGAUAAAGGAGAACAAGUAAAGGAAAAAUUCUGAUUUCCUUGUAAGAAUUCUGACACUCCAUGUCCAGACGUCUUAUGUUUCCUUUGCACAUGCGCGAAAGGGACGUAGUGCACUGCCAUGUCCGCUUUUUGGUCCAAAUCAAAAUACAUCUGAGACGUCUCUACUGUCACGCAAGGUAGAUACAGGAUGUCUUCCUCUCCUCCAACGUGUGUUCCUUUCCUGUCACGUUUCCCCACUGCCAUGUUGUCCAAGCCCCGUCACCUUUAAACUGAGUGACUUCACCCCUAAGCGUGCACACCGCAUCCCAUGCAAGGUCAACUAAAUUUAUCGAUUAGCUAUCGCGAUCCAUCAAUAUCACAAUACUUACCUGAUGAAAAACCAAUUAUAUCCUGAGUCUUUUUGACAUUUUCACACUUGUUGGCUCCUAGAGGAAUUUUGCAUGUUUCUUGUUCGCUCAGAUCACUGUCAGUCCCGUCAGGUAGGAACGCGUGUUGUUUUCGAUCCGCUUGGAAGUUUCCUUACAAUGGAAAUACUUUGGUGAGAUUUGUUACCAUCUCCUUCCUCGCGCGUUUCCACUCCGGCACCUGUCACGACAAUUUUUAUUUACCAAAGUGGGCUCUCCAGCUGGGAAAUGCCUGUUUCCCUGCCUUCUAAAGCAAUUUCAAUUUUAAAAUUUUCAGGAAAGUGUACUAAUACAUAGAAAUAAGACGUUUUAAGUACAUUACUGCCUCGAAAGGUAGUCAUUUACUUAAAGUGACAUAGUAAACAGUAUCCCAUUACCCCUCUUCCUUGGUUGGGCCUGAAUUUUCUUAUGACUUGUGUGUGAGUAUUUUCCCUCCCCCUGAGUAGGAUGGAGAUUCAUCACAUGUCCACCCCCUCCCAGCUUUUCUUCCGGUUUGACUAACUCUUUACUGGUACUUAAUCAUACUCUUAGGUUGGGGAAAGGGGGGGGGUGGGGAAACAGUGUGAGACACAAGACAAUGAUACAGCCAGGUUUCGCGCCAGCAGAGCCGUUGUGAUUCUUCGUUCCAGACUAAAUUAGGAAGGAAACUAGUACAAUUUCCUCCUAGAUCAAUAAGCGAUAAAUGCGUUUUAAAAAAUUUAAUUCCCGAAUCGUUAUCUCUCAUUUUCGUUCGAUGCGUGUUACUACACAUUUUUUUCACGUGUAGCGUGACGCGUUUAGAUCUAUUACCCAAGAAACACUGGGAACAAGUUAAGAAAGAGGUAAAAACAUGGCGGCAGAAUAUCAAGACUGUGAUGUGGCAAUGAUGGCCUGUUAAUUAUGAUACCUAUCAGCAACUUGAUUGAUACUUACCUUACAGAUCACGUUAACUUUCGUUUGAAGAAGAAAUUGACCUUACGGCGGCCUUGCGACAAUGGCAUACCAUCCAAAUGUUACAUCUUAAUCAAUCUCCUAGUUCCCUGAUUUUGAGGUAACCAAUAUUAGUUUACAUCAAAAAUCUAACUGAUGAACCUGUUGUUUUUAAGUAGUUUUUGCCUCUUGUUGAUGUCAGUUGCCAUUUGAGCCUCUGACAUAAUCAGGGUUAACGAUUUCCUUUUAGACAAGAUCUCAUCAAUUCCAAUUUGACCUGGGAACAGCGGACAUGAAGAGGCAACUCGUGGAAUGACCACUGCUGAACCUCAUGUAUUUUUUAAUUUUUGUUUUAUUAGGACAGCAAAUUAUAGUUUGACAUUAUACUUAUAGUAAAAUAAUUUUAUGAUAAAUCAAAAUCUCCAUAAAGAAGAGGGAAUUUCAGGCGAGAUUUAUCUCCUACGCUUAAUUUUCUUGGCUUUUAUAGACUUUCAAGGAAUUUCGAGAAACUUUUAGUUUUGUAUGCAAUAUAUUUGUAUUGUUUCGACGGUUCUUCUAUUAUCUUCAGUUCUGAUUUAUACAAAGUACAAAGUUGAAUUUAAAGUGUGCAACACAAUGCUGGUUGGACAAAACAAACAAUAGUAGCAAGACGAUGUAUGUAUUUACAGGGAAAGUUUUAAAUUAACAUGAUAAAGUUGAUGAUUAAGUGUAGGUUAUUCCCAUUGAAUGUGAAUAGCUUUGUUGAUUUUAAGUUGGAAAGUUGUGGAAAUAUGAACUAAGAUGAUAAAACACUCAUCAGAAUAUAGAGUGCAACAUUGUGGAGAAUUAUGUAGAUGUCUGAAAAUGUGAGAGGACCUAUCACUGACCAAGUGCUCAUGCAUGCGUGUGGAUAAAUGCAGAAAGGUUUCGCUGAUAUAGCAGGCAUUGUAGCCUACAUAUAAAAACUUAUAAACCACACACAUAUGGAGCCCAUGAAGGAUAGGGUCUUUCACACCAAACAUAUCACCUAUUUUAAAAGAUAAAAAAAACCAACUUAAUAUUGAUGUUGUUACAAUAAUGCCUAGCAAAUUGGUUAACCCUUUUUUGUGUGACAACGUAAUAUAUUUGUACUGAUUAAUCCUUUGGUAGCAAUAAGACAUCUCCCCUCCCCCCGGCAACCCCAGGGCAUUUGAACUUUUAGAGAAUGGUUCAUUUCAAAUUUCUUUCCCCAUGAGUCAUAAUUUUGUAUUUACUAAAGAUUCUAAUUGAUUGGUGCAUUAUGAGAGUAUGGUUCUUAAACUGAUAGGCAGAUAAGGGGUAAGCUUAGGGUUAUGAUGUGGUUCUUUUUUUUUUUGGUGUAACUGGGUGUGGAGGACAAUGGAAAAACACAAAGAUAUUGCAUGACUUCUUAUGAGCUGCCACAGGACAGUGGUUUAGUGUCAAAAGAGCACAGCUGGGGAGAAGGAGCACAUGCCAUAAUACUUUGCCCUUUAACUCCCAGGAUCUUACUGUUAAUUCUCUCCUCUAGCUGCUACACAUUUCCUUACAAAUAGGUUCUGAGAAUUUGGUGUUAGAUCAUUGGUGUUGGAUGAAAACUUCUAUUUGAUGAGUUUUAGUAUUCUUCUUACCUGUUUUCUGGUCUAUGUAAGGAAAUUGUGGGGAGAAGUUACAUGUUUAUCAAUUUUGGGAGUUGAAGGGUUAAACUUCAGGCAAUCUAGUCUAAUUUUUAUAAUGUAUUCUGCAUAUAAUAUCAUGCAGUGUUUAUCAUUUUUUUUCAGUGUAUAUCAAGUGGUAAGCGUGAACGGACGACAGAGUCCAGCUGAAUCAUCCUACAAAAAAGUGUUAAAAUUAAGAGAAGAUAAGAAGACAGAAUGGAAGAAGUUAAAUUUGGAAACCAAAAGGAACAAAAAACAACAAAUCCUGUCAGAGAUGGAAAGUACUUUUCAAGGGAUGCAGAUGCCAGAAGGAGGCGUACAGACGGUAAGUGUACAGUUUCAAGUAAAAUUCUUUUCAAAGGCUCAUGGAAAACUUUAAAUUUUUAGUGCACAUAGUAAACAUCCAGAAAAACCUUAAUGUCACUCACAUAUUGCAAUCCUUUUCAACUUAGCUGGGAGGAGCUGGGUUUCAUCAUAUUGAUUUAUUUAAAUACUAUUGUAAAAGUUUAACCAGAUGGUUACGGAAAAAAACAGGCUUACCACAGUUAACAGAUUAUUCAAUGAAAUGAAUUUGUUAAAAGUUGAAUUUUUUCGUUGGGUUGCUAUUCAAACACACAGGCUAUACACCUUUUUCUUUUAUUUUGUUCUCAUGAUAGAAGAUUUCAUUGGAAAGCCUGAAGUUGAAGCAAAGCGUCCGUUCGACAAUGAUGGUGUCUAUGAGUGUGAGGGAGCUAUGGAAUUUUCAACCCAAAAGGAUCGCAUGACAACAAGCAUGGUAUUGAUUGUAAUACUGCUCCUUGUAGUUACGGUCUUUGGAGCUGGGAUUUUAUUCUAUGGUCAGCUAGAAAGCACUGCUAAUAUUAGCCAUGAAGAGUCGGCUCGCACAAGGACUCUAACAGAUAAACUUCAUGAGCGAGGUCAAAGAGCCCGCGGUAAGUUUUAUUGUAUCGGUAUUGACUUUAGGUUAGGACUCUCUCGAUCAAUUAGCCAAAACCAUCAUGAUAACAUGAGCCAGUGAGGACAGUAAGUGCACUAUAAAGAUAAUCUGCUCAAAGCGCGGGAAAGUUCUGGUGACUGAGUGGAGGAUGAUUUUUGAUUGGUUAAAGGGCAGACAACCUUAUGGACUUGAGGCCUGGUGAUGACAGUAAUAGAGUUUCAUAGCUGACGUUUCGAGCGUUCGCCCUUCAUCAGAGCGAGUAUAUUUCUUAUAUUUGCAGUACUUUGCAAGAGCCGAAUCGGGCUUGAUCAAAGUGAUCUGUGGAAAUUUCAUCAAUACUGCAAUUCGCAACCUGUUAUUGAGUUAUUUUUUUUCAUAAAAAAAUAACUGUGUUAGCUUAUAGAGUGGUAUGUUGCUCGCACCAAUCAGAUCGCGGCAUUAGGGUAUGUAUCUCGAACCAAUCAUAUCAUAGCAUUUGAAUAUCCUAAACCAAUCACAGCGUUUGGGCGUUGUUUUCUUGUAAAUGAUGUCAUGGAUCAAGGGGCUGUGCACAAAGAGUGACAUUAACUAAACAUUUUGGGCUCAUUUGAUUAGUGCAAUGGUUUGUGGCCAUCGUGAGAGCCUCGUCGAUUAAGGUCGAGAGUUAUGGGGGGUAUUAAAGGUAGGCAUUGAAACUUUUAAGUUAAAACGUGUUUUUUCCGCUCCCUAAUUCACAACGUACACGCCAAACAACUUACAUUUCAUUACGUACCAUGAAAGCAAUGUGUACUCAUCAGAACAUACCUAAUCAUUGUCCUACACGAACAUAAGGCAAUUUUUCACGUGCUUGAAUUGUAUUCCACUAAUAAAAUUUCAUUUUGCCACAUUGGACUUCGCUCUACCACGUGUCAUUUUCUUGUUAACAAUCUGCAUUUUUGCAGCUAAGAACACUACUGAAACGCGUAGUUGAGGCCCGCACGGGAUUUGAACCCAUAACCUCUGCUAUACAGGUGCAGCGCUCUACCAACUGAGCUAACAAGCCAACUGGGAGCUGGUCAAUGUGUUGGGUCCAAAUAAACCAUCCAAGUAAUGAAUGAUGAUUUAAGAUAUAUGAAAUUCAUAUAUUUUCACUGCGGUGAAUAGAUGAAAUUAAGAGAUCCUCGCAGGUCCUAUUUUCAACUACUCGUUUCAGUAGUGUUCUUAGCUGCGAGGAUCUCUUAAUUUCAUCUAUUCACCGCAGUGCAAAUAUAUGAAUUUCAUAUAUCUAAAAUAACCUGCAUUUUAUUACGUAUUCUAUCUGCUUUGUCCAGCCCCACUGAAAAAAAUUCACAUGGAACUAAAUGCUACUGAUGUUGAGUUUUCCACGCAAAUCUCCCGCGUUUGACUUUUCUACGAAUCAAAGUCACUUUAAGCUACCUUUAACCCAAUUGCGUUUUAAUUCCUUGUAAAACAACCUGCAUCAUAUCUUUGGUUAGGUUCUGUUAGAGGUACAACAGAAUUUCAGUUUGCUUUUCGUGAUAAAAUUAAGCGGAAUUACAUUUUUGAGGUAACUUACUGUAGACGAGUAAUUUUGAUUUUUUUUCUGUUAGAGGAACGGCAGUAAGCGUAGUCUCUUUCGCAACCGUUAUUUAGUCUCGUCACGCAACCCGCGCUCUCUCUCAAACGGGAAAUGGAGGGCGUUGUGUGACGAGAUCAAACAACGGCUGCGAAGGAGACAACAAUAAGCGAGUCACCGAUGCGGUUCAUUUUAACUGAGAAGUAUUUCGGUAAGAGAGACAGUAGACCACAUAAUAUCUGUGUGAGUUCAGAUAAACUAGGUUUUUUCUGUCUUAUGCGAUAUUUUCGUUUUUUGAAAGUUAUGCUCUUUUCGGUGACAAAAAUGAAAACAUCCAGAACAAACUGUCCCAUCUCAACUCACCUAGCGGAAAAAAUAACUCUUGCAUGCAAUGCAUGCCUAUGUUUUUUUAAAUCUGCAAAAUAAAAACCUUCUCUUACCUUUGAAUUUCUCUGGGUGUGGAGUGAUUAGGUGGGUUUUUGGAGGAGUUGAUUCCACCCUCUUCACUGCGUUUCUCCUGAUACAAAACAAUCAAACAGAUCGCGCAGUUUCCAGGACUUCUCAGGGCUAAGAACCUCUGGAACUUCGCUGAAUUUCUCUUACUCUCACAUGUCGCUACUCUUCUGGCUUCAGACUGGUUUUGAAUUCGAGAAAGAUUCAUCAAAGAAGACCAUUUCUGUCUAAUCAUGUAUACGUGGCAAUACUGUGUGCGAACUUCGGAAAUCAAGUAGACUUUUGAGGUAGUAAGAGACGUUAUUGCGAUUACAUUUGAUAUGGAUCUUGCAUAUUGAUCAAACUUAAACACAAAAUCAUUUACCGUAUCAAUUAAAAUGACGUCACCUAGCCUUAAAUUCCUGAGGGUUGGCUGCCUGUGAUUGGUUGACGUGGUGUGGCGUCAGGUGGCGUGAGGUGGAAUGAGGUGUGGGAUGCAUGGUCCAGUCACCCAGCUUGAUAAUUCACAUUUGAGUGAAAUAUCAGAUUACAUCAUCACACAGUUAGAAACACCUUUUUUUAACCUCACAAAUGAAAGAGUCAUUAUCAUUUACGAAUCUACAGGAAAGCCCAACCACAAGCCACGAGAGUCGGGUACGUCAGUUCCUGUGGAGGAAUUCGAAGAACAUAUACGGCGUCUACAAGCCAACAACGGUUUGUUAUUCUCUCACGAGUACAAUGCUCUCAGUUCGCAGGCUGAUUUCACAUGGAAAGCUAGUUUGGCGCGGGAGAACAUGCGCAAAAACCGUUACAUCAGCAUUGUUGCGUACGACCACAGCCGAGUAAAACUGUCACCGAUCCAAGGAGUUCCCGGGUCUGAUUACAUCAACGCCAACUUCCUUGACGGUUAUCAGAAAAAGAAGGCGUACAUCGCCACCCAGGGACCCUUACCAGAGACCGAAAGCGACUUUUGGAGAAUGAUCUGGGAACAAGACUCGAGGACUAUUGUCAUGGUUUGUAUUUAUUACGGCGUUCAUUAUUCCGUUAACCCUCUGAACUCGCGAUGGAAUAUCAGAGUUUGACAUCAGCUUUUGAGAAUCUGUCAAAUUCAUUUAGAAUUUGUAAAAUUUCAGUGUCAAUUUUGAUCGAUCGAAAUGUUUGAAGUGUGAACCCGCCAUAUUUGUUCUUGUUCACUUAUCUUCUGAUUUCCUCCUGCUUUAUCAUAAACCUCGUCUGUCCAUCCCCUCCCAGGUAACAAACUUGGAAGAGCGUGGUCGUAUUAAGUGUCACCAGUACUGGCCGCCAGAGGGUGCGAGGGUAUAUGGCGACAUCCAAGUAACACUGAAGCAAGCUGUGAAGCUCAGUGAUUUUACCAUCCGUACAUUGAAUCUCAAGAAGGCUAAUGGUACAGAUGAAAGAACAGUGAAUCAGUAUCAUUACACAAUAUGGCCAGAUCAUGGUGUUCCCACCAGUCGUUCUUCACUCCUCAAGUUUGUGAGAAAGGCUUCUGAAGUAAAUCCACCUGAUGCAGGUCCCAUGGUAUGUACAGUGUUACUGUCUACCAUAAAACGCUCUCUCUCUCUCUCUCUCUCUCUCUCUCUCUCUCUCUCUCUCUCUCUCUCUCUCUCUCUCUCUCUCUCUCUCUCUCUCUCUCUCUCUCUCUCUCUCUCUCUCUCUCUCUCUCUCUCUCUCUCUCUCUCUCUCUCUCUCUCUAUAUAUAUAUAUAUAUAUAUAUAUAUAUAUAUAUAUAUAUAUAUAUUCCAUUUCUUGAUUACUUGCAAUGUAUAGCUUUCGUUUUUUAAUUAAGAUAUAGAGAAGAGUUAUAAAGAGAAUAAUUACAAUAAGAUAAAGAAAAUGGAGAAGGGCAUAAUAUAGCCAACUAAUUAGAUGCCCUUUAGGCUAAAUUACAUUUUUUCAGACAAUAAAACAAAAGCGGUACAUACAUAAGAAAGGGAAUAGGAAUCACACCUUUAACAACAAAUAUAUUAAUAGUGCAUGGUCAAGUUUCCUUAUAGACCGAUUUUUAUUCGGGUCGAAAAGUAUCCAAGGGCUUGUUUGGUUUUCAUUUGCUUCCCAUUGGUCCAGCAACUUCUACCCGAAUAACUGAUCAGGAGCAAAGCUAUGGCGACUUCUCACCCACUUUUUUCCGCGCUACAAGCAGAAUGCUUGCUUUUACUUUAAGCUCUUCGAAGAUAAUUUCCUUGGCUCUGGUCAGCCGCUGGGACUAUUUUGAUAUUAGCCAACCCAAUAGAAAAUCCUGCUAUUUAUACUGAUAGAACUUAGCUUCGGGUUCUGUGUGAACCUACCUAAAUUUGAGAAAUGUUGUUGUUCAGAUAUAAAGGAUAGUUCAGGUGAGUGUUGUAGAGGAUGAGGAUUGGGAAAACGAAGCGAUUUUUUCGAAGAUACUAAUCUGAGCAAAUGCGGCUCUUUCGGACUGCAAACAAUCCAUGCUGUACUCUCCACUAUGUUAAUGUAAUCCAGGCACUUGUAGACACAAGCAUUCUGCAAACUAAACAGACUUCAGACAAAUAGCGCAAGUUGUUUUUCAGCCGUGUUUCAGCCGAGUGAUUAUUUGAUUGACGACUGGGAUAGGUUCCUUUCUAGCCUACGAGCAGGCGCUCAUUAUUAACACUUCGGCAGGGGCGGUUCUCCUGUGGGGACGGCUCUUCGGCAGGGGCGGUUCUUCAACAGGGGCGGUUCUUCGGCAGGGGCGGUUCUUCGGCAGGGGCGGUUCUUCGUCUUCGGGAUAGUAUGAAGCCUUGGACAACAUGAGGGAGGGCUACAAGGGGCAGUUUAGCACAGUCUAGCACAGUCUGGCAGCAAACCUCUUCCCAACUCGGGGUGGAGCAACGUGUAAGGCAAAUAAUGAGGACAUGCUUACUGGCCAGUCAUCCUUUCACGCUCGGAAUAAUUGGUUUAAGUGGGAAGAAAGUGUUUUGUUUCAUUGUUCAAGGAACCACUCACUUAAACUGAUUUGUUGCUUUUACUUUUAUUCGGGUCGUUGGUCUUCGAAGGAAAACUGUAAGUAAUACCUGGCAAGGGUAGACAAACUCCAGAGGGGUAAGAAUGAAUUAAAAAGGGAACAAGAAUUUAUAAAAAUAGGGAUAAAAUUGUAACAUUUAACGAGAUGUGAUGUAGCCCUUUACCAGUUUUGGCGUCUGUUUCCUCAGGUUGUUCAUUGCAGUGCUGGGGUGGGCAGGACUGGUACUUUUAUAGCAAUACAUGCCAUGUUACAGCGUCUUGCUGCCGAGAAAUCAGUCGAUGUAUCUGGAUACGUUAUGUCACUGCGACGUGAUAGAAAUGCCAUGGUAUACGUACAGGAACAAUAUGCUUUUAUUCACUAUGUUCUGUUGGAGGCCAUCAAGUCUGGAAACGCUUGAUACGUGCAAAUAUCUUAGAUCACAUAUUGAUAAUAAUAAUAGU